CUGGGGGACCGGCUUCUCAUUCCUAUCAGCGACACGCUCCGAGUAAGUGUAUCGGCGAGCCGCCCGUGCUGGGCGUGCUGUCGUUGUGCAGCCCCACCAGUGUGUGUUAGAGACAAACAAGCCGACUGCCGUCUACAGCGAACAGUUUUGGUGCAUCAAACCCGUUGGGUUCCACCUAUCCAUUCACACUUCUUGAAAACUGUAUACUGGAGGGCUUCAAACCACCCAAGAUUUUUGAUUUAACUACCUUAAGUUUGAUGAGCUAACUGCACUCAAGACCACAAUAACAACAAAAAGCAGUAUUAAUAUUGGCGCAAGCAGAGUUUGUUGGCCUUGCUACAAAAAUAUAACCAUGCAUUUUAAAUUGGCCAUAUGUGGACUAUUGGCAAUGAUUGCAGUAGUUUGUUGCUCUCAAGACACAGUGACAAGUGUUGGGCCCGAAAUUACACCAGCUAACCAAAGCGAUGCAACCCUCAUCAGACACAGAAGAGGAUUCUGGAACAGGCUGAGAAGGGUGGGGCGUCCUAUUCUCAAAACAGGACGCAAAUGGAUACCGAGAGUAUUUGAUGGUGUUUACAAAACCGUUAAUUUUGCCAACGAUGCCGUGCAAUUGUAUGACAGCUUUGCUCCUAAACCCGAUCCGAAUGAAGAACUUAGAAGCAUGAUGGCGAUGCUCAUGCAAGCUAUCUAUGCAAUGUUGGAGCAAAUGCAGCAAGACCGCUACAGGGAGCGGCGCUCCGCAGACACUUGCUUAUCGUCCAGAGUCAGCAUUAUUGGAGCCAAUCCUGAACUUGCGAGACAAUUAGUCUCAAAACCUGAAGUUCAAAAUUCCCGGCUACGAGAUUUUCUCGAAGUCGAGGAAGGAGGCCUCAGUUGUGAUGCAAGUUUCUGCCAGAGAAAUGGGGAUGGUCAAUUUGGAUUUGGAUUAUGCACCAAAGGAUAUUGUCAAUGCGCAAAUGGCGUACCCUUUUAUAAAGAAUGUGGCGAAGGUACAGUUUACGAUCCGUUCCACCAAGUUUGCAAUUGGUGUCACGAUGUGUCCAUUUGUGCGUUUUGGAGAAACCCAAAUCAGAUGUGGGCCAUGAAACAUGAUGGAACUAUUGCCCGGCAAAACCCUAAUAAAUGCGUUGAUAACAAGGAUUGGUCAGUCAACAACGGAGGACUAAUCCAGCAAUGGGAUUGUGCCAUUACGACGAAUCAACAAUGGAAAAUUGAACCAGCGCCUGGUUUCACAGAUCGUGCAUUCAUAAUGAACAUUCACAGCCAAAAAUGCAUGCAAAUCAAAGGCAUAUCAUACGACAAUGGCGCUCAAAUAGAGCAAUGGGAGUGCAGCUUCCACUCUCCUCACGCCAAUCAAUUAUGGAAACUGGUUGACGGACAUUUAAUGAAUAUGAAUAGUGGAAAAUGUCUUGAUGCCACGGAUGGCUCUCAUCACAAUGGUGUUAUCCUUCAACAAUGGGAUUGCUCUUAGUUGUAAAACCAUUGACUAUAUAAUAUUAGACUGCUCUUAGCAAAGUAUUAUCAUAUUGUUAUUAAUUUUAGAUCAAGUAAGAAGACAACUUUUACUUUGCCCAAAGCCACAUGAGAUCAUUACAAGAGACGUGAUUGUCUCGUAACUUUUAGAGUCAACAUUUGACCUCAGUUGUGUGGGUGAAAUCUGGCUCCACCCCAACUCCACAUCACAAUUAAUUUUCCAGAUAGUUAUAUUCAUUUUGCUGGUAGUUCUGAAGUGGUGCAAUCAUUGUUUUAUGUAGAAUUUAGUAUCAAUUUCUAAUUGUUUUAAGUUUUUUAAAUGUUUAUCCUUCUAUUGUUUUAGUGUAUACAGUGUAAAAUGUACUGUGAAGUCUUUAUGAGUAGCUGUUAUUUGUUUUGUAAAUUUGUACAUAGUUAAUAAUUUUCUAAAUAUGUAAUGAUGUUUACAUGUGUUAAUUCUUUAAGUGUUCUGUAUGUAAAUAUGUUCUUCCACACCCUGUCAAAAUAUUUGGAUAACCCUCUGACAGAGCUUUGCUCUCUAGGGCAGCCUUAAUAAUAAAUUAAAAAUUCGACAUUGUUAGUAACAUC